AUGAAAGUCCUCUUCCAGCAACAGUCCUUAAGGGUCAUCUGCCGCGGUUGCGCGGAGCCUGCGCCUAACUGGCUGCAGAGCAAAGCCCUGCGGGGAGAAAAUAAGAAGCCACCGAGACCGGAUGCUCCGGCCUUUCCGGCAGGUCCCUCCUGUAGCCUACGGACCCCACGCUCGCGCCGGGCGCGCGUCUCCCCGCCGUGGAGGGAGUGUCGCGCUGCGCACAGCGACAGCCUCGACCGGCCCCUGGCGCCGCCUCCCGGCGCGGGAAGCCGGUUCCCGGGCCAGCAGCACCCUCUGCUGCCCGCCCGGGGUCCGCACUCGGCGAGGCAGGUGGAGACGCCGCUCCAGGACCGCACGCAGCCGUCCUCCGCCUUAGACCGCUCGGCCAUCCUGACGCCGCCCCCGGGGGCCUCCGGCCACUCGGAGCGGCCCGCGGAGCGCGCGGGGACAGCCUCUGCAGAUGACCGGGCUGAGCUCCCCAAGGCCGAGGUGACCCUGGACCCGCCCUGGAUCAACGUGCUCCAGGAGGACCAGGUGACGCUGCACUGCCAGGGCCCCCGAGGCCAGGGGGACUCCGACACCCACUGGCUCCACAACGGCAGCUCCGUGGCCGCCGAGGGGCAGCACAACCUGAGUUUCCGGGCCACCAGCGAGGCCAGCGGGGACUACAGCUGCCGGACUGACCACAGCCGCCUCAGCGACCCCGUGCGGCUGGCCGUGGUCUCGGACUGGCUGCUGGUGCAGACCCCCGCGCUGGAGUUCUGGGAGGGGGACCCCAUCGUGCUGAGGUGCCACAGCUGGAGGAACAAGCCUCUGGUCAAGAUCACCUUCUUCCAGGAUGGCGUCGCCAAGGGUUUUUCCCCCGGGAACCGGAACUUUUCCAUCCCACGGGCCAACACCAGCCACGGCGGCCAGUACCACUGUCGGGGCUUCAUCGGGAGGGCGGUCCACUCCUCGGGGCCCGUGGCCAUCUCUGUCCGAGGACGCCACCCAGACACUUCCGGCCUGGGCUCCCUGCCUAAGGUCCACCUAAUUCUCUGCCUGGCCACUGCCCUGCUCCUGGCCGCGGACACGGGGCUGUAUCUCUCCGUGCACAGAGACCUGAGGGGCAGGGGACCAGCUGGAGCCGGGACGCUCGGGACGCAUGACCACGCAUGACUGCAUCUGCGCAGGGACCAGAGGUCUGGGGACUGUUCUACGCCCACAGAACAGCCAACACCGCCUCUGAGAGUGUCUUGCUGCGGCCGUGGUGCUCCCGAGCCCCCCUGACCUUCUCAGG